UUUGACUACUUCCUUGUUGUGGACCAUGAUUUGCCUCUCUCACCUUGGCCUCCCUCCUCUCCAGAGUGUCCGUACCACAAGUCCCUGGGUUUGGAGGCUGGGUCAGUCAGACCAGACCAGAUCAGCUGUUCCAACGAGGACCAGUACACUGGCUGGUUCUCCUCCUGGCUCCCCAGCAAUGCCAGACUCAACAACCAGGGCUUUGGGUGUGCAUGGCUGUCUAAGUUCCAGGACAACAGCCAGUGGUUGCAGAUUGACCUGAAGGAGGUGAUGGUGGUGUCUGGUAUCCUGACCCAGGGGCGCUGUGACGCUGGAUGGAUCACCAAGUACAGCGUCCAGUACCGCACCGACCAGAAUCUCAACUGGAUCUACUACAAGGACCAGACGGGGAACAACAGGGUGGGCCCAUCAUACCUUUACCUUUUAAAUGUACUCAUUGAGAAGAUGCUGUUAUUCAGAGCGACUCACAGUCAAUAA